AUGAGCGUGCAUUCGAUGUCAAGAAAUGGAGAUAACAACGGGACCAGCGGGGCUGGAGAUGCUCACCCUCUGUCUGAGACGAAGAGCAGCUGGUACCUGUUUUUGUUGACUUUGAGCAUCGGCGGUCUUCAGGUUGUGUGGUCCACUGAGCUGUCGAAUGGAUCGCCCUACCUCCUGUCGCUCGGAAUGAGCAAGGCGUUACUUGCAUUCGUUUGGAUUGCUGGUCCUAUCACAGGUACCCUUGUGCAGCCGUAUAUUGGCAUCUGCAGCGACAAUUGCCGCAUAUCAUGGGGUAAGAGAAAGCCGUUCAUGGUAGUGGGCGGCAUCGCGACGGUCAUUUCUCUCCUUGCUCUCGCCUGGGUCAAGGAGAUGACCGGAGGCUUCCUUGGCCUUUUCGGUGUUGAUCCGGCCUCCAGUGCAACGCGGACAGUGGUCAUUGUACUGGCCACCAUCCUGAUGUACUGCCUUGACUUUUCUGUAAAUACUGUGCAGGCAGGCAUCCGGUGUUUCAUUGUGGAUAAUGCCCCUUCGCACCAGCAGGAGGCGGCAAAUGCAUGGGCUAGUCGGCUCACCGGCGUUGGUAACAUUCUUGGGUACAUUUUUGGAUACAUGGACCUGCCUAAAUGGUUCCCGUUUUUGGGAAACACACAGUUCAAAGUCCUCUGUGCAUUGGCGUCCGUCGCACUUGGGAUAACGUUGUUGGUCAGCUGUUUAUACAUUAAAGAACGCGAUCCCCGUCUAGAUGGCAUGCCCUCAUCGGGGAACCCUGGGCUUGUGACAUUCUUCAAGCACGUUUUCAAGUCGAUCAAACACCUGCCGCCGGAGAUUGCCAAGGUGUGCGAAGUUCAACUUGCCGCGUGGGUGGGUUGGUUUCCUUUCCUUUUCUAUUCCACGACAUAUAUCGGGCAGCUCUUUGUGAAUCCGAUUUUCGAUGGACACCCGGGUCUCUCGGAUGAUGAUAUUAACAAAGCUUGGGAAGAAGCUACGAGAAUUGGGACCUUUGCGCUGCUGGUCUACGCAAUCAUCUCAUUUGUGACAAACUUAACGCUGCCUGUCCUUGUUGUUCCUACCUACAAGUCAGCUGUUCCUUCUGAGCCCACUCCUACGGAAGGUGAGUCGGAGGACGAGCCCUUCCUAGGCAACAGAAGGCUGUCUACAUCCUCAAUUAGCACUGCCAUGGAAGCACCCGCGCCCAUUUUGGGAAUCGAUAAGGGCGAUUCGGGAGAGAAUAAGUGGCUAGCGAAGUUGCAGAUCCCCGGAUUUACUCUUCGGCGUGCGUGGCUCAUGUCGCACAUCCUGUUCGCUGUCUGCAUGUUUAGCACAUUCUUCAUCUAUUCUUACCAGGCGGCAACGGUGGUUAUCGGGAUCGUUGGUAUCUCGUGGGCAUUGACGCUUUGGGCACCCUUUGCCCUAAUCUCUGCGGAGGUCUCCCGCAUUGACACGGAGCGUCGCAUCCGGCGGCAUCAGAAUAUGGGUGCAGUCUCCGAGCAGCCUCGCGAUGAUACGAGAUUACCAGCCCGAGCCAAUACCGACGAGCAAGACCUGGAGAAUGGAUCACCCAAUUCAACUACAAAGGCAGGGGAAGUGGAAGAGGAAGAAAAUCUGGCGCAGGCAGGGAUCAUCCUCGGACUGCACAAUGUGGCCAUCUCGGCGCCACAAAUCAUCUCGAGUCUGAUUUCUAGUGCGAUUUUCAAGGCGUUCCAGAAGCCUCGGGGUGAGCCAUGGGAUGACAGUGUUGGGUGGGUGAUGAGGUUCGGGGGUUGCGCGGCAGUACUGGCGGCAGUGCUGACCAGCAGGCUUACCGAGGGAGCAAGGGGAGUGAGUGUUUCAUCGUAG